AUGGUUUCGAGCUUCAAAAUUCUGUCAAUCCUGGUUCUGGCCCUUGCCAUCUGUGUGCAAGCUGCUCUAGGAGAAAUAAUAUGUGAGCGUCUUGACCAAGACACCUGUGCCUAUGCAAUCUCAUCGUCCGGCAAGCGUUGCUUGCUCGAGAAACGCAUAAAAAGGACCGGAGAAGAAGCAUACACAUGCCGCACGUCCGAAAUUGAGGCUGAUAGAUUGAAGAACUGGAUUGAAAAAGACCAAUGCAUCAAAGCAUGUGGACUUGACAGAAAGUCACUUGGCAUCUCGUCCGACUCUCUUCUCGAGUCUCGCUUCUCUCAACAACUUUGCUCUCCUCAGUGCUACCACAGCUGCCCUAACGUUGUCGAUCUAUACUUCAACCUCGCUGCCGCUGAAGGUGUUUUUCUUCCCAAAUUAUGUGAGGUGCACGAGGGAAAUGUCAGAAGAGGAUUGAUGGCUGAUAUCAAAAGCUCUGGUUAUGUUGCACCAGGACCAGAUCACCCAGUGAAGUACACUUAUGCUCCAGGUCCAGCUGAACCAGUCACAUACACAUAUGCCCCAGCUCCAACAACUCCACCUUAUUAUUGA